AUUGUUUUCCUCUAAGGUUCACAACCACAUCUACACUAGGGCAGCCAUGAUAACCACUAUUCAAUCAGUUUUGCAUUCAUUGCAUCAUUCUGAAUUUAGAUCGAACACAUGCGAUGUGUGGAUCUGGUUUAGCGUGCUGUGUGUAUUUGUGAUUUUAGAUGGUUUGUUUUUGUUUUCGAAAUGGACGGGGAUUACGAAAACGAGGAGUAUCUUGACAACGAUAUCGAUAGUCCGGAGGAUUAUGGAGGAUGUUUCGAACGCGACGAACAAACCGUGGAUGCAAAUGAUUCCGGAGAACCUCGUAGCCGUGACGAACAAAUCGAUGAGCAACCCGCAGGAUUUGAGCAAACAUUUGGUUGUCCACUUAGCCCACUUUCCGUUGAAGAGGGAGACGGGCAGGAACAAAAUCUUGAGCAAUUGGUGCCUGAUGAUGCGGAAGAUAACUACGUGUUUUUCUUCAAAGGAAUUUUCAGUAGACGCCUUUUUCGUACUCAAUUACGUCCCAAGGAGUAUUGUACAAGAAAUGUGGGUGGAAAUACACCGAAAGAAGUGUUUGACUCUAUCUGGUUCGUGGCAGUAAAGCAGAUUGAACGACAAGUAAUCUUCGAUGGUGAAAAGGCAAGAUGGUCUGAUCGGGAUAAACCUGGAAUAGAUGAUAUCGAUCACUAUGUUACACUGCAGGAUCCUUCGAAGAAGAAAACUUAUUCAGUGUCUGCUGUUACUCCAAGAGUUUUGCGUACGUGGCGUGGAAAAAUUAUAAAAAAUCAUGUGUAUGUUUAUUCCACCAAUGUGGAAACGAAUGCACAAUAUCGUAUUGUGCUGCGAACAUUGAUCGCUCCGCAAAACCCAGAUCGUGCUGGUGCUGAUUCCACAAAAAAUGAUGCGGAAUUGGCUGACCAUCUGCGCAAGAUUCAUCCGGAGCUGGAGGGACACCACAGUUCAUGGCUGCUGUGGGCUAACUUUGUCCAUUCAUCAUCAGCACAUGAUCGCGAGCGGCUAAAAGAAGCGAAGGCACCUCCGUUAGAACUGGCGAAAUACUUUCGAUGGACAUCCGUUUCAGAGGCGGCCAGAUUGCAGUCAGUUCACAGAGGGAUGAGUGUCGCGCAGACGGUAAAUAGUGGAUGGGCUCGAGAAGUGACAGAACUGAAAACCGAUAUUGAUCUUGCUGUUUCAAUUCUUCUAAGAGUGUCACAAAAGAUUGAUGCGAUGAUGGCCAAGGCAACAUAUGGUUCCGAGCUUUUCGAAGUUCUAGAGUCAGUGACCCAACCGGAAGAAACGGAAUUAAGUCAUCAGCUUGCCGCCAAAGUGACGGAUUGUGCUGACAUCGACCACGCAUGAAGCAAUGCAAUCAUCAAUAAGUCUUAUUUUGUUAUUUUUUUUUAUUGUUGAUUUUAUUGAGUAGAAUAAGUAUCACAAAAAUGCAACAUGAAUUUCUUUUAAACUUCUGUUUCGUGAAACAAUAAAAACUGUUCUUGGUGUGAUGAA